CUGUUGCCCAGGCUAGAGUGCAGAGGCACGAUCAUGGCUCACCACAGCCUCUACCUCCUGGGCUCAUUGAGGUCUUUCUAUGUUGUCCAGGCUGGUCUCAAGCUCCUGGCCUCAAGUGAUCCUCCCACCUUGGCAUACCAAAGUGCUGGGAUUACAGGCAUGAAUGACCAUGCCCAGUCCCAAAUACAUAGAAAGCCUUUCUCUGUUAUUCAGAACCCCAAGGUGGGGUGGGCCUAUCAGCGCCGUGACAGGUCCCACAAUGCCGAGGCAGCCAGGUCCUCCCAGGCUCUGUCCUCACAGAAUGGAGGGGCCAAAGGAUGCUGCCUCUAUUUCUUCUCAGAUAAAAGCAUGUGA